AUGGCGGAAGGAGACAGCAUCUUCGCCAAAAUCAUUCGGAGAGAGAUUCCAUCUGAAUUUCUCCAUGAGGAUGAUCAGGUAAAAACCAUUGUUGCAAUUUAGAUCUGAGGCGUAAACUUAAGCUUGAAAACAUGCAGAGAAAUGAAUCUUUGAGGCCACAAUCUUAAAGAGAAUUCUUUGACUCGCCCACGUUCUGCAAAAUUCUAAUUUCUUUUCACUCAUUAUUAGUUUACAUACGAUGCUGUAGUUACUCUAUUUAUAAAACUGUUUUGGACCGAUACAUUACAACCAAGUAUGGACCUACCUUCGUAAUAGAUUCGAGGAACGAUCCAUUUUGAAAGAAAUUUGCACUUGAACUACACGCAAUGCGUGAAAAUUUGAUCAAAGUGAAAGUGAAUUCUGCAGUGAGGUUACGCGCUCAAAUCUAAAAUUUUCCUGGUAGUCUGCAAGGAGCUUAAUCAAGGUUUGUUCAAACUAUAUCAUUUAACUGAAGAAUUUCGGCUUUAAUCUUCACCUGCCACGAGCCAAUCUCAUACCUCCUGGGCGUUAUUUUUUUUCUUACCUCUUAUCAGCUUUUCGACGCACUUUACCCUUUGUAUUCCCAAGCAAAUGACAAUGUAACCCUUCAACUCACAGAAAUGAUUAACAUAUAACUUCUCCCUAUGAUAUUCAUACAUCAUCCAGCAAAUAGGUAAUAAGAAUACUAAAACUUAUUAGAUAGAAGUUAUCUUGAUCUUACACCAAAUUCUUGAAACUAAUUGAUAAGAAAAUGUACACAGCUUAAAGGGAGAAUUAAUAAUCACAUCUUGGAAAGUAAAGACCUAGCCCUUUAACUCCCAAGAUCUGAUUGCUGAUUCUCCCUUGUAGCUGCUACACAUUUACUUGUAGAUUAGUUACAAGAAUUUGGUGUUAGAUCAAGAUGACAACUUCUACCUGAUAAGUCUGAGUAUUCUCAUUACCUUUUUGCUGGAUAAUGUAUAGAAAUUAUGAGGAGAAGUUACUUGUGAAUCACUUCUGAGAGUUAAAGGGUUAAUGGAUUAUGUAACUGAAAGCUAAGGAGACUCAAAAAUGAUAUGAUUUAGCUUCUCUGCAGUUUCCUCAUGUCUUGAUGUUAUUCUUUCCAUUUUUAAUUUCUUGUUUGCUUGUUUGUUGUUGUUAGUGUGUUGCUAUCAAGGACAUCAACCCUCAGGCACCUGUUCACUUCCUUGUAAUUCCGAAGAAGCCAAUACCUCAACUGUCACAAGCAGAAGACUCUGAUGAACAGGUAAGACAUGGAACAAUCUGGCUUCUCUGCUAAACCAUCCAUCUUACAAUACAGUCCUCCAAGCUGAACAGUUUUGGUCCCAGUGGAGAAUUAUUGGCCAUGAGGAAAUCUGUAACAUUUUCGUUAUUUAAAUUUUAAUGUGCUGCUUUUCUUGUAGUUGCUUGGCCACCUCUUGGUGGUUGCCAAAAAGGUUGCAGCUGAACAGAAUUUGGCCAAAGGUUUUCGUGUUGUAAUCAAUGAUGGAAAGGAGGGAGGUCAAGAAGUGUAUCAUCUUCACAUCCAUGUUUUGGGUGGACGCCAGAUGAAAUGGCCCCCAGGCUAG